CGGAAGUAGCAAUAUAUAAUAUUUUGCUAAUCUAAAUAAUGCAUCAGUGGCUGUUCGACAAGGAAGACUUUUCGGACACUCCAUCAGUGAGAGACGGGAUUGCUACCUCUCAAGAGCAGCAUGACCGUGCCAAGGGCUGCAGCUUUAUAAUAGCCGUUGGGUCGAAAUUAAGCCUGCCACAAGUUGUUUUAGCCACCGCGACAACCUUUUUUCACAGGUUUUAUAUGAGGCACUCUAUGAAGGAAUAUCAUAUUUACGAUAUUGGCGCUACAUGUUUGUUCUUAUCGACUAAGGUGGAGGAAAACACGAGGAAGCUUAGAGAUAUAAUAAAUGCUUGCGCACAAAAGGCUCAGAAGAAUGAAAAGUUACAAUUGACAGAAGACUCAAAGGACUUUCAGAAAUGGCGAAAUACGAUCAUAUUUGGAGAGGGUGUCUUAUUAGAGGCCAUAUGCUUCGACAUGACUGUGCAGCAUCCACACACUUGCCUUAUUGAAUUCUCUUCAGUCAUUGAUGUCUCCAAGCAAACAAUUAGAAAGGCAUGGGCUUUUUUGACGCAUAGUCUAUUUUUGCCUCUCUGCUUGCUUUAUCGACCGGAGUGUAUUGCGGCAGGUGCUCUACUGCUAGCUGACCAAUAUCUCUCUGAAGAGCUGCCAUCUCAAGCUUGGGCGCAGAUUGGUGUAGAUCUUGAAGAAGCACAUGAUGUCGCGGCGGCAAUCAUAGAUUAUUUAAUUGUUAAUCAACCCAGACGGCAACAAAUAUCUAAUGGGAGCAAGGUAUGUUACUGGAAUUGUUGACAUGUGGAGAGAUAUUAAUAUGACUGACCAAAAUUCUCUCUAGCCGCCAUCUGAGUACCGACCCAACUCUGAGUACCGACCAAAUCCUUCUAACCCUUCCACACCGAACUAUGUGUCACAGGAAACAUUCUACGGGACUAGCAAUGUGUCUCCUGAUAGCUAAUCACCCUCAUUACUUAAUGCACCAGCCUACAGCUUAUAACAUCGAGCUACACACUGUAUAAACUGUUACUAUACAUGGAAACACUUUAAAAAAUUGCCAGCAUCUUGUGAAUAUAAUCAUCCAUCAAUAAAAAUCCAAUGUAUUAAACCCACCGAA